AUGAUUUAAUAAUAUCAAAAAAAGACUUNAGUAGAUAAAGAGUUUAUCAUUAAAUAUAAAAAAGCUGGUAUUUUGUGUAUUUAUGAAUUAUAGAAUUGCUCUAAAAUGAAAGAGAUAUAAUGGCAUUCAUUUACCAUCCUUUUACUAUUUAAAUGCUUUUCUCUUUUGAGAGUAGAAACUUUGUGGUUUUUAUUUUAGAGUUCUGUAGUGGUGGAGAACUAUUCUAUCAACUUAAAACAUUAAAAAGAAUGUCAGAAGAGUAAGCUCAAUUUUAUUUUGUGGAAAUAUGCAUCUGCAUGUUAUACUUGCAUCAGAUGGGAAUAAUGUACCGUGAUAUAAAACCUGAAAAUAUCCUUCUCGACUUAGAUGGACAUAUUCGUAUCUCUGAUUUCGGACUCUCUAAAUUGACCAGCCCUGAUGAAUUUGCCUAUAGUUUUUGUGGAUCUCCUGAAUAUAUGGCACCUGAAAUGCUACUUAAAAGAGGACACACUAUAUAAGUUGAUCAUUAUUGUUUGGGAGCUCUACUUUAUGAAUUAGUUACAGGCUUACCACCUUUCUAUAGCAAAAAUACUCAAAAAAUCUAUGAUUCCAUACUUAAUGAAUAAGUUACAUUCCCAUAAUUUUUAAGUUAAGAGAUUAAAGAACUUAUGUCUGGUUUAUUGGCUAAAGACCCAAAUAAAAGAUUAGGCGUAAGAGGAGGAGUUAGAGAAAUUCUUUAACAUAAAUGGUUUAAGAAAGUCAAUAUGACAGAUAUUCUUAUGAAAAGAGUUACACCUCCUAUUAAACCAGAUAUUUAAAAAUUGAAUUUUGAAACUAAAAAUCUGUAACAAGGAGAUUUGGAAGUGAGAGAGAAAUUAAUUGGAAAAGCAGGUUUCAAAAAAGAUUUUAAAAUUUUUGAUGAAUUUUAUUUUGAUUACAGAGAAAAUGUACGAAUAGUAGAUUAACAAAGAUUGUUGAAGGAACAUAUGAAAAAUGUGGAUUCAAUUUAACAGUAGAAGCCUCGUUCUUUAGAUAAGAUUAUAUCUGAAGACACAAAAUAGACUAAAUUGCAAAAAAGACUAGAACAACAGACUUCUCUAAGAACAAGUCCUUAAAAGGCCUCUACAUUGAUGACUAAUAAUUUCAUGUAAUCAGGAGGGUUAAAAACAGAAAGUUCUGAUUUAACAUCAAGUAAAAGACGCAUAACUUGA